UGCUCUGUGUAGGUUUGUGAAAAAGCUAGAUUUCCAAAAUGAAUAAAGAUGCCCAGAUGAGAGCAACCAUUAACCAAAAGCUAAUAGAAACAGGAGAGCGAGAACGCCUUAAAGAGUUGCUGAGAGCCAAACUAAUUGAAUGUGGCUGGAAGGAUCAGUUGAAGGCACAUUGCAAAGAUGUCAUUAAAGAAAAAGGACUGGAGCACGUUACCGUGGAUGACUUGGUGGCAGAAAUCACUCCCAAAGGCAGAGCCUUGGUACCAGACAGUGUAAAGAAAGAACUCUUGCAAAGAAUAAGAACCUUCCUUGCCCAGCAUGCCAGUCUCUAACUUUGACAUUUACCUGGGAUACAGUGUUUCUGUAUUACCUCAAUCAUGUCAGGAUUGGAAUGCAGUUUACAUACUUAAGGAUGGAAAUUGUUUUUUUUACGAUAAGUUGAAACUUCUUUGCACUGCAUUGAUUUCUUAAACUUGGUGUUAUUUUAAUAAAAAAUGUUAUGGAUUUGU